CCAAAACUUUCCUAUACACAUUUUCAACUCAAUGAACUCAUGCUACAACUCUACAAGUUGGAAAAUAAAUGGAAAAGGCAGGAAGAUUCAAACCGACUCCAAACCAAAUAAAAUACAGUACUUCGUUAACUAAAAAAAACCCCGCAAAAACCCUGCCUUCUUCAUUCUCCAUUUCUCCACCUUCUUCUUCUUCCUCUUUCUCUCUCCUCCGCCCAUCAAUGGCGGCCAGAUCCUCCACCACUCUCCGCCUCCUCUCCCGCCUUCUCCACCCUCACCCUUCUCCUCCCACUCUCUCUCCUCUCCACCACCACCUCCGCCGCCCUCAAUUCUCCCUCGCCGCCUUCUCCACCGCCGUCCCCCGCCGCAACCCCAAGAAGGUCGACAUCGGAGCUCGCGCUCGCCAACUCCAAAACCGCCGUCUAUGGACUUACGCUCUCACCUUCUCCGGCGUCGCCGGUUUCGUCAUCUUAGUCCUUAACAAUUUCCAGGAUCAGCUCGUUUUCUAUGUUACUCCUUCUGAAGCGUUGGAAAAGUUUAAUUUGAAUCCUUCGAAGAAUAAGUUUCGAUUAGGUGGUUUGGUUCUUGAAGGUAGUGUUCAUCAACCGCCUUCUUCUCCUGAAAUGGAAUUCGUCAUCACCGAUCUUAUGACCGAUAUUGUUGUUAGGUAUCAAGGAUCCUUGCCAGAUUUGUUCAGAGAAGGUCACUCAGUGGUAGUAGAAGGAUUUGUGAAGCCUUUUACUGAUGAGAUUAAGGAAUCAGGUAUGAGUGGAAAGACCAAGGAGAUUUCAGCGAAGGCGAGGAGUGGGGAGUGUUAUUUUUCUGCCACGGAGGUGUUGGCUAAGCAUGAUGAGAAAUACAUGCCUGGGGAAGUUGCUGCUGCUAUUGAAAAGAACAAGAAAAAGCUCGAUGAAGAGGCAGAGGCACAGAAGACUGCAGAGGCACAGAAGACUGCAGCUGCUUGAAAUUUGUCUGUGAGUAUGAACUUGUGAAGCUAACUGGGCUUUGAAUUUUCUUCUCCACUAAAAUUAUACGAUUUUGGAAUUGUAAACAGUUAAUUUAGAAAAGCCUGAAAGAGGAAUAGGCUCUAUACUUUGGUAUAGUCUGGAUAAGAGGAAGGUAUGACAUACAAGAAUUUUGAGGAAUUAGGAAAUUAGAAUUUUGGUUGAUUCAACUAUCAUGCCUAUAUUGUAUUUUUCCAAUUAACAUAUUGAUUUUUCCCUGGAAUUAGGGAUUGUUAUAUUCAUGGAAUGCUGGUGAAUAAAUGUACUUCAUUCUUAUUUUAAAGUUCUUCUGGCUGCUUUGCUUGAAUGAAUAUCGUGAUUGUGGUUUCUGUAUCACUGUGAAUCUGAUUUAUAUUCCUUUCCCCUGUAUUUCAUGUUGUUGUCUAAUAGUAACUUAACUGAAGGGUGUUUAUUGAGUUUUAUUGACUGUGAAUCUGAUUUGUAUACAAUGUCAUGAUUCGUGUACUCGUAAUGUAGUAAUCAUAUAUGCUGUUAAUUUUCUUCAUAAUUUUGACACAAUGUUUCUUCUAGGGAGGUUCCUUAAAUAUGUUCCAUAAUGUUAGUGUAUACAAUAUAUGAUUUCCCAUCAUAAGUUCAUAACUUCUAUAGUUUGCAUUCUUUCCUUUUACUUUUAAUGUAGCGAUGUAUCAUUACUUCACUUUGAAUGAAUCUUUUCUGCUGGGAUAUGAAGUGGAUCAUAGCUUCCAACUCUGGGAUGUUUACCUUAACCCUAUUGUUUUACUUUCCUUAACCCUAUUGUUUUACUUUUGUCACCUUUGUAUGGAUUUUGGAUAUCUUGCUUGAAGUAUUAGUGAUAUUAUAAGGCCUGGCCUUUAUCUUAUUCAUCUAGCUGCAAAGUGCAAACUCAAACAGUUAGGGAUGAUCGGAGGAUUAUUGUUUCUUGGUCUAUGUGCACUCUUGGUUACUGUUAUUACUCUUGUUAGUUGACUUCCACUAUCUGGAUUAAUGUGAAGCUGCUUUAUUUUCUGCAAAAGAACAUUUUUAUGAGCGCACUUUCUCUCUUGUUUGGAAAAUAGUAUGAGAUGUAGGCAUUCUCAAUAGCUGAAAGUCUUGAGGUACACAUGCUGAGGCUUUAACUCAUUUCAAAUAAUUCAGCCAUCACCACUGAAUAUUCCCUAUUCUGGUUGAUGCAUGGUUUAUGAGUUUAACUAUUAACUGAUCAAUAUUGUACUUUUGAACUUCCUUUUUCUUUUCGGCUUCUUUGUAAUGCUAUUAAAGUAAAUCGUCAUUAGUUGCAGCGUUGUGUUUGAUUAUACUGUAAGCAGGAGUUCAAAGUUGAGAGCAAAAUAGAUACAGUUUGCCAUUGACACUUUAUUGUGGCUUUGGUGGUGGGAUGUAUCGUCAAUUUCGUCAUGCCUAUGAUUCCUCACUGCUGUUGCUGAUGGUUGUGACUUGUGAAAGGUAUUUGACUGCAUGGUAGUGGCUUUAUUACAUUUGCAUUCUGUACAGGCUUUGGAGAGGUUUUUCUUAACUUGAUUUGGAGUUUUGCUGUAAUUUAUUCAAUGAUACUUCCGAAUCUGUAGUUUCUAGAAAUAAUCUAAUAUCAAAAACUCAAAACAUGCUACAUUAACUCUAUUGAGUCACAAACUCGCAAUGACAACUUGAAUUUUUCUGUUAUUUUAUUUUGGCAUAUUUUUAUGUAUCACCUUGAAUCCCUAACAACUUUUCCUAUAUACUCAUAUAAAUUAUAUACAGCUACACACAAUAUAUUAAAUUGCACCAGAACACAAGCAUCAAUAUAGGUACACAUGCGUAGAGAAUUGUCUCAUAUGGGACUUGUUGGUUUUAUUGGUUUCUGCUCUGUUUUUUAUUGUUCUGUAAGCAGGAGUUAUCAAAUUUGAGAGCAAUACAGAUGCAGGUUGCCUUCGGUAGACGGUUGACACUUUACUGUGGCUUUGAUGUUGGUAUGUAUCGGUAUGCCUGUGGUCCCUUAUUGCUGCUGCUGAUGGUUGUGAAUCUUGUGAUUUGUGAGAGGUGUUUGGAUGCAUGGUAGUGUCUUAAGUGCAUAAGCAUUCUGCAGUAUUUGCAGGGGUUUUUCUGAUGCAGUGUAUAUAACACGUCGAAAUUUGGAGUUCUGCUGUAAUUGAUUCAUUGAUACUUCUAAAAGUCUAAAAAUAUAGUUUCUGAAUCUUUCAGUCUCUGUAAACAAUCCAAUAUCAAAUGCUUGCUUAUUUUGGCUUGGUGUUUGUAACUUCUGGUAUUGAAAGUGUUUAAUUUGAGGCUUGUGUACAAUUCUUCUUGGAUGAUUAUUUUGAAGGUAAAAUGUGUUUUCUGAUGCAGCUGCUAGUCUGCUGGAGUCUAGGUGCAGAGUUUUUUGUCAUAUGGAAUUGUUUCUGCUGUUUCUGAACAGGCGAUCAUGAGUCAUGCCUUUAAUUUCAACUGUUACAUGAGCGUGUGGCUGAACUCUAGUAUUGUUGUAUUGGCACAGUUCUCAAACUUCUCAUGGUAAUUUAUGCACUGUAGAAUGUAUUGAAUCUCUGAUGUCUCUAUUCAAUAUGUUUAUGUUUCAACUUUCAAAGCAUUGAUAGGUUUAAGUUGUUUCAAGACGUUUCAAAGUUUUCUGCUACA